UCGAAUUUGCAAUUCUUAUUGGAUUUUUUUGUAUUAAACAUUUUUUUUUAAUAACUCAAAAGCCGGUUUCAAUUGAAAUUGCAUAAGAGAUCGGAAACAAUCGUGAAAUAGCAACGUUAUUCGAGGCAGUGAAGGUUGUUACAAGCAAACCGUGUAAAUCAGAAUCUCAAGAUGUCGGGUCGUGUCGUCAUUUACGGAGGACGAGGAGCUCUUGGAGCAACUGUUGUGUCACAUUUCAAAGCCAAUAAUUGGUGGGUUGGUUCCAUCGAUUUAGCGGCGAACGAAGCAGCGGAUGUCAGUAUCGUCGUGAAUAAAGAUGCGGAUUUCGUUGGGCAAGAACAGCAAAUUCUCUCGGAAGUUUCGAGCGCUUUGAAUGGCGAGAAACUCGAUGCUGUGAUUUGCGUUGCUGGCGGAUGGGCAGGCGGAAAUGCCAAAAAAGAUCUCGCCAAGAACACGGAUCUCAUGAUGAAACAAAGCAUUUGGACGAGUGCAAUUUCGGCGACAGUUGCGGCGAAUAAUUUGAAAGCGGGCGGUUUGUUGGUUUUGACAGGAGCGAAACCCGCGUUGGGAGGCACGCCCGGUAUGAUCGGAUAUGGAAUGGCGAAAGCUGCGGUGCAUCAAUUGACGAAAUCGUUAGCUGCGAAAGACUCGGGAUUGCCGGAAAAUUCGUUGGCAGUUGCGAUUUUGCCAAUUACGUUGGAUACGCCGAUGAACAGGAAAUGGAUGCCUGAUGCGGAUCAUUCGACGUGGACUCCGUUGGAAUUUGUUGCAGAUCUCUUCCACAAAUGGACAAAAGGAGCUGAGCGCCCUGCCAACGGAAGCCUCGUACAACUCGUCACUAAAAACUCAAAGACUGAUUUGGUAAUUGCUGAUCAGUAGAGAGUUUCUGAACUAUUUUUUUUUACAAUUUUUCUUUUUUCUACACAAAACAUUCAAAAAUACACAAAAAAUCGCACAUUCCAGAAGCAGCCAACAAAGUUGUGAUUUUCAAAAUAAUUUUUAAAUAGUAACUAAUAAUGAAUAAAAAAGAUCGAGACACGAAAAAAACGUACUUGAAUGAACCAUGACCGAGUGAUUGUUCAAUAGUAGAAAAAACGAACAUAGAAGUGAAACAUGAAGAAAAAAAAGUUAACAUAAAAAACAAGAUCAAGGUCAUUUUUGUACUUAUUCACAAUAAUUCGAAUGUUUAAUUGCUUUGAUUUUUAAGUGAAAAGGGGUUCUUCGAUUUUUUUUGUUGAAAUUUAAAUUUAUGAAAUGAAAAGUGCUUAAAAAUGUUCGAAUUUAAUAAAAAUUUAAAAUACUCGAAUUUAAA